GCUAUCCUGUGCCACUGAGAUUUGGACUGGUGUUGCACUGACUCCCUGGUUCUUCAGGCUUCCUGUAUGUGUCUUACAUCCCUCUGGGUUAUCAACCUGUUCAUUUUGAUGCAGAGAGAGGAGAAGCAACUCGAGGCAUCAUUAGAUGCACUGCUGAGUCAAGUAGCUGAUCUGAAGAACUCACUGGGGAGUUUCAUUUACAAGUUGGAGAACGAGUAUGACCGGCUGACCUGGCCCUCUGUGCUGGACAGCUUUGCCUUGCUCUCUGGACAGUUGAACACUCUGAAUAAGGUCUUGAAACAUGAAAAGACACCACUCUUCCGUAACCAGGUUAUCAUCCCUCUGGUAUUGUCCCCAGACCGAGAUGAAGAUCUCAUGCGGCAGACUGAAGGACGGGUACCUGUUUUCAGCCAUGAGGUAGUCCCCAACCAUCUGAGAACCAAGCCUGACCCUGAGGUCGAAGAGCAGGAGAAGCAACUGACAACGGACGCUGCCCGCAUUGGUGCUGAUGCAGCUCAGAAGCAGAUCCAGAGCUUGAAUAAAAUGUGCUCAAACCUUCUGGAGAAAAUCAGCAAAGAGGAGCGAGAAUCAGAGAGUGGAGGUCUCCGGCCAAACAAACAGACCUUUAACCCAAAUGACACCAAUGCCUUGGCGGCAGCUGUUGCCUUUGGGAAGGGGCUGUCUAACUGGAGGUCUUCAGGCAGCAGUGGUCCUGGCCAGCCAGGCCAGCCAGGAGCUGGAACAAUCCUUGCGGGAGCCUCAGGUCUACAGCAGGUGCAAAUGGCAGGAGCUCCAAGCCAGCAGCAGCCAAUGCUCAGUGGGGUGCAAAUGGCUCAAGCAGGUCAGCCAGGGAAAAUGCCAAGUGGGAUAAAAACCAACAUCAAGUCGGCUUCAAUGCAUCCCUAUCAGCGGUGAGUGUGGCUGGCAACUUCCACUCCUUGGUGUGAUUCACAGAUUUGAGCAGUGAAAUUCCCAUUUGCGCAAGGCUCACCUAGAUUGAUACAAUAAAAAGAACAUGACCUUUCAGCAACAGACAAAUCCCUGCACCUUUGCUGACUAGCUUUGUGACCCUGGGCGAGUGACCUAAUUUUUCUGAGCCUGUUUACUCAUUUGUAAAUGGUCAUAAUACCUACCUCAUAGGGUUGUUAUGAGGAUUAAAAUGAGAAAAUGAAUGUAAAGCACUUAGCACAGUGUAUGAAAUAGUGGGUAUUCAAUAAAUGAUAGUUCCGACUCUCUUCUUUCCACCGACCUCCGUAA